CAGAGGAAUUAGUCUAACGAAAUAUUCUCACGCUCAUAUUGGACUAUUUACCGUCAGAACGAUGGAAAGCAAAACUAUAAUGUUCUCAGCACUUUUUCUCGCCUGGCUUGCGCACGUUAACGGAUCCCCAGCUUCAGUAAAAGUGGACCAGCUUCCCAAAGCAACAAAUCUGACAUGGUCAUCUUACAAUUUCAAAACAAUUCUAACAUGGGGACCUGAACCUGUCAACUAUACAUACACAGUUGAAUUCUCAAGAGUUGGAGGUAACGCACAGAGAAACCCUCACUGCAUUAAAAGCUCUGAAGCCGAGUGUGACCUGACCAAUGAACUGUUGGAACUGAAGGGAGUCUAUUCUGCUGUGGUAGUCUCAGAACCGCUGCCCGGCAUGACGACUAGCCAAGAUGAACCUCCUUUUACCAGAUCAAAGACUUUCUGCCCUUACAAUGAGACUCUGAUUGGAAGACCCGAGUUCAAAAUAGUUGUGCGUGAGGACAAGAGUAUUACGCUGCUCAUAAUCGACCCAAUCACAGCUCUGCACAAAAAUGGGAGAUCUCUGAACAUCCGUGAUAUCUUCAAGAAAAACCUCAAGUACAAGGUCUCGUACCACAAGGCUGGAAGCACAGGAGAAAAAAUAGAAAUUGCGGAACGAAGCAAAGUCGAGUUUAAAGCACUAGAUGUGGAUCAGAGUUACUGUUUCAGUGUGGCGGCAUACAUCCCCUCUCGUAAAGGAGACAAGAGUGUUGGGGUGUGGAGCCUCCCCAAAUGCUCCCCAGGGGUUAACAAGAGCGUGUUUGAGGAGUAUGGACUGCCAGUGAUCGGAGCAGCAGCACUCAUUAUCCUGGUUUUUUUGAUUGGUGUAAUUUUGAUUGUGUUGUGCUGCAAACGAACACAAAAACAAACUCUGAUGGCCAAGGAAGAAUUGGUCUAAAUUUCUGACACGGAGGAAGAGAACAUUUCUGCUUAUCAAGUGCAGAAUGAGACAUUCCGCACAACUGUAUUAACCAUUCUUGUGUUGUUUUGUGUAUGCAUAGCACACCAGCAGUGCAGAAAUGGACUGGUUUCUGUGAAACCAUACACAAUAUGUUGUACAAAUCAAACUUUUUUUUUUUUUUUUUUAUGUGGAUGAAUACAACUGUAUAUUUUAUUAAAUUAUUUUUAUUUAUUCAGAAAUGCGUGGGUGUAUAGUAUUAGCUGCUAUAUGUGUAUAUAGUUUUUAUGUCUUGAAAGAUCAUUAAAUUAUAUAGUGUGUGUAUAUGUAUAUAUAUUUAUAUGUAUAUAUAUAUUUUUUUUUUAAUGUAAAUUAUACAAAUAUAAAUAAAUGUAUAUUUGAAAUGGAUUAAAAAAAAAGAAAAAUUAAC